UCCUCUGCUCUCGACGCAGCCUCCGGCCCCGACCUCCCAGGAUGCAGCGCGCGGGCGGGAGGUUUGGAGCCGAGGGACGCUGCGCCCGCCUGGGGCGUCGGGAACGUGGCGCCUGUCGGACUCAGGACGCGCGGGCUCAGGCUUAAAAGCAGCAAUUGGAAUCAAUUUGCAUUCGAAAAUUGGACCAACACGAAGACUUGAUAUUGUGGAAUGACUAGAAAACAAUGUCAUCUAACGAACAAGAAAGGCUCUUGUGUUAUAAUGGGGAAGUCCUUAUUUUUCGAUUGUCUAAAAGAGAUGUUGCAGGUAAAGGGCCUGCAGAAAUACCCAUAUUACAAGUCAGGAGAAUGGUAUUUGACAGAGGAGCAAGAGCUUUUAUUCAGAAGUCCACUGGAUUCUUUAUGCUAAAGGAAGAAAACUCUCAUUUAAAAAUUGUGUGUUGCAACUGUGUGUCAGAUUUCAGAAUUGGAAUUAAUCUUCCUUAUGUUAUGAUACAGUGCAAUAAAAAGAACACUUUCAGAUAUGUUCUUCUGUUUCUUCACAGUACCAAUAAAUUUGAAAAACGUUUGAGUUUUAGACUAAGCCAUGAGUUGAAGGAUGGUGUAAGGGUCCUUAAUGGCCCUUUAGUUUUAUGGAAACGUGCAGAAAAAUUCUACUGUAUCUCUUCUCUAAAUGGCAAAGUUAUGACUGUGUCUGUUAAUUUUUCCUCUGUUCAGUGGGCAGGGGAGAUUGAAAAUCUAGGUAUGGUGUUAUUAGGACCAAAGGCAUGUUUUUUAUCUGAGGAAGGAUGCACCCAAAAGCUUUCAAAAUCGGAUUAUGCAAUUUGGAAGACCACAUUUUGUGUAUACUCCCUUGAAAAUGAAGAAGUCAUAAGUGAUGCAUACAUUAUCCCUCCUGCUUAUAGCAGUGUGGUAACUUGUGUGCAUGUCUGUGCAACUGAGAAUGUCAACAACCAGUUAAGAAUGUCUCUGAUUGCCCUUACUCGAAAGAAUCAACUGAUUUCAUUUCAAAAUGGGACGCCAAAAAGCGUGUGCCAGCUUCCCUUUGGAGAUCCUUGUGCAGUUCAGCUUAUGGACUCAGGUGGAGGAGAGCUUUUCAUCGUAUCCUUUAAGUCCAAUGACAUUUGUGCUGUUUGGAAAAAGAACUUUCAGGUUGCUGCUAAGUGGGAAAAAAUUAGCUCAGUACUGAUAGAUGACUUCAUAGGAGCUGGAACUGAACAAGUACUGUUACUUUUUCAGGACUCCUUGAAUUCAGAUUGCCUGAGUUCAUUUACAGUAACAGAUCUUGGCAACAUAAACUAUUCAAGUGAAACAUUGGAUUGCAAUGAAGAUGACUUAUUUGAAGACAAAGAAGGGAAUCAUUAUUUGAUGAUUCCACCUCUGGAAAGAAGAUUGAAAGUUGGAUUGGCUUCUAUUCAGGAAUUAAAGCAGCAUCUCUUGCUUAAGGAAAAAAUUAUUUCAAAAUAUUGGAAAAUUUUAAUAAACCUGAUUCAAGGGAAAGAUGAAAGUACAUCAGCUGCAGAGAAGGCACAUCUUGUUACUCUUUGUGGUAAAGAAGAAAACCCUGUCUGCACCUUUGAGGAAAAGAUACCAGAUGAUUUUCAAGAUUCAGAACGGCUAAUAGAGAAGAUAUGGUACCGUGUAAUAGAUGAUAGCUUGGUUGUUGGAGUGAAAACGACAUCUUCUUUGAAGCUGUCCCUGAAUCAUGUGACUUUAUCACUGGUAAUGGAUCAAGCUCAUAGCUCCAGCUGUCGACUUAUUAAGUGUCACAAUAGGGUGAUCAAGUUGAGUAGGGACUUUCCCCCAGCAUCACGCUCAGUGCCAUGUGAAAUAGGAUCAGAGGCAAAAAGGAUCAAGUUGACUAUUGAUAGUGAGGAAGAGGGAGAGGAAGAGGAAGAAGAAGAGGAGAAGGAUGAGGAAAGCUCUGCUGGAGAACAAGCAUCUGAGAAAGAGUGUGUGCAAGUCAUUACUGCUGUAACACCUUUUUCACCACUUUUAGCAUUCAUUGAUUUCUGUUGCAUUGUGCUGCUACAAAUUAGGGAGAGGGAAAAUGGUAACUCUUCUGAAGAUCAUUAUAUUUGGUGUGGCAGACUUUUCAUAAGUCUAGAAGAUCUUUCAAGUAGGAAAUACCUGCUGACAUUUCCAAAGAAGAAACCUAUAGAACACGUGGAAGAUCUCUUUGCACUUCUCACAGCAUUUAACAGAGCUUGUUUUCAAAUCACAUCGCCCACCUAUUCUCUGACUUCAAUGAAGACGUGGCUACUAGAACACAUGAAAUGUGAAGUAAUCCAAGAAUUUCCAGAAAUUUGCUUUUGCAAAAGGCCAGGAAGUUUCUAUGGCACACUCUUUAACUGGAAACAAAGAACACCAUUUGAAGGGAUUUUGAUAGUCUAUUCCAGGAAUCAAACAGUUUUGUUCCAGUGCCUUCAUAAUCUCAUCGGAGCUCUCCCUAUAAAUUGUUUCUUGAAAAAACUAAAAUCAGGAAGUGAGGAUUUCCUAAUUGAUCAUUUGGCAUCAUCUUUGGAGAAGGAAUUGGUUAUCCUUGGUUCUCUUUCUUCUGCCUUAGUUGAGGUUGAAAACAACUUGGUGCAGAGUUGCGAAGCAAGCAAAGAAAAGAGUAGUGGUGUUGUGGCUGCUUUAUCAGACAGAAAGGAAAACAUCCAUCCCUACAGAAAAGAAUUUCAGAGAGAAAAGACGCAAACGUUGGGGACGAACCUAAAAGUGAGUGGUGCUCUUUAUAGAGAAAUGACUUUGAAAUUAGCUGAGGUUCAGCUGAGAUCAGACCUUGCUGCACAGAAACUGGCUGGUUUAUAAUUACCAUCUCAAUUUGAUUAUAUUUUGAAAUAUGGUUUCUCUGCCAGGACGUUUUGGUUCCACAUUUGUUUUAAUUUUACAUUCUGUGCCUCCUUUGCAAAAAUAAAGAUCGAGGCUUUACCGGCGGUGCACAGAACAGCACGCCUUAGAACAGCAAUUGUCAGCUGGGGUCAUUUUGCUUCUCUCCACCCGCAUCCCCCACCUAGGGAUUUGGCUGUGUCUGGAGAGUUGGUGGUUUUUUUUGUUUGUUUGUUUGUUUUGGCUGUGAGAAGUAAUUGGGGGUGGGGAGGGUGUGGCAGGGCUGCUAUUCGCAUCUCGUGGGUGGAGACCAGGGGUGCUGCUAAACAUCUUACUCUGCACAGGACAGCUCCCACGACAAACAGUGACGCUGCCCCAAAUGUCAGUAAUGCCAAGGACGAGAAAUCCUACUUAAAGUUACCACUUAAGUGAAGACUGAAGUGAUCUAACAGUAUUCUGGUCCAAACCUUUAAAAAAGUAAAUGGUCCUUUUAUUGUAUCCUGUUUAGUAGAACCUAGCGUAUAAAAAUCCGCUUCAAACAGAUAAACAAGGUUGUUAGGAUUCACAAGUUUCUGUGGAAACUGAAAUGGCAGUGUCUAGGUGAGACCAUUAAAAUGAAAAUCUUUGAACCCCUUGUUAAUUUAAAUUUUAUUAGAAAGCUCCUCGGAAAUUGUGUAAGUCUAUAGAAAUAUGAAAAUUUUAGGGCAUUUCUCUGAAAAGCAUAUUUCUUUCAAAAGGCUAAACAUACUUCAUACACCACUCUUUAAAAAAACUGAAAAUGGCUUUAAGCUGUUUGUAAUUCCAACUCCAGGCCAAGGUAAGAUACAGAAUUGUAACUAAAGUAACUUAAAGAAUAUGAUGCUCCCUUAGGGACUGAGAAAUUUCAAAAUAAGUGAAAAUUCACUUAACAGUUAAAAAGUGAUUUUUAAGAGGUCCAGUGAGACAUUUCAAAGGGGUAAAGAUUCAGCCUAUUCUUUUUUGGGAAAAAUAAGAAUUCUGGAGUAAUGAGAGAAUGUCAGGAGAGGGGAAGACACAAAAGGGCAUGGGCCAAAAAGUGUUUUGGAUUCUUUUCUCUCUAAAAUGUUAAGUGAGAUGGAAGUUUUGAUCUCAGUUGAAAGAAACAGAUGAUGAUAGAAAGUGGCAUUUCAUGCUUGCAGCUCUGAAGUGCUAAUUUCCACCAUGCCUUCAAAAUGCUUGUACCUCAUGAUCUGGUGACGCAGAUGGGUUUAGAAAAUAUAGGUUAUUACUUUCUUGUCUUGGUUUUUAUGAUUGUCCAUAUAACAUGCUACCUCUCGUUUUAGUAAUCCAUUACGAGUGGAGAUAGAACCCUUCAGCUCUCUUUCAGGAUUAAUUAUGGAAGUCUGGAAGCAUUAUGUGUCAGAAGAUACAUUCAAACUGCCUGUGACAUGUUCUGAAAGAACAGCCAUGUAUAAAAUAUAGGAACUAAAUUGUAAAAUGGAGGCUGUCAGAAAGUAAACAAUUUAAUUAUUAUAGUUAAUUGCUAGGAAAGUUAGGAUAAUUGAAGAAAAGCAUGUUGCUUAUUUUUUUAUCUAUAAAAGGAACCAAAAAGCAUUACUCUAUAUACACCAAAAAACCUCUUUGCAAGUGAGUUUUGUACUCCAGUAUAUUUUUUCUACUCACUACAUACAAGAAAAGGCAAAGUUGCAGCGAAUGAUGCCCUUGCCACUCUCUUAUGAGUCACUAGUGUUUGUACCUGUAAGCACAUUCUUCUGACCACUGCCCUCUUGAAUCUGAGGGUACCCUCAACAACGCUUCUCCCAAAUCCACACUAAAGUGAAAAUGAGUUUUGUUUUAGAAUGGAGCAUGCCACAGUUUUCAGACACCAGACUUUCUGUUGUCCUCCUGAUCCCUUACCUAAGGAACAUGUGCAAGCCAGCUUAUGUAGGACCUUUUUCUGUUCGGUGACUAGGUUGAGGGAGGGGGAAGAAAGGUAACAUUAAUUAACUGCCAACUAUAUGCCAAACAGUAAGCUAGAAACACACAUACAUACAAAUAUCCAUAUCCAUACAUAUGUAUGCUUAAAUCCUUCACAGCAACCCAUAAAGUAGAACUAUUAGAAUUGUCCCCAGUAUGAAAAAAAUGUUAGGCCAAAUUAAGGGUAUGCAUGCAAACAACUUGAUACUAUAUACCCUUGUUACAAAUAUCUUCAAAAUGAGCAGCUCCUUUUAGAAUUCUAAU